AUGGCUACGCCAGCCGAAGUGAAGUCCUUAUUCGAGUCGAGACUGAAGGAAUCGCCUAGCCACGAUUUCCACCCUUUGGACUUAGAGCGAGUUAAGGACGAGAAAUACAUACGGCGCGCGCUUAAGCACUACGAUAAUGACGCCAAGCUAGCCGCGGACAUGCUGUGGGAGAUUUGCAGCUGGCGAAGGUCUGUUAAUGCCAACGAAAUCAACGAGACUAACAUACGUAUGGACUACAUUAAGGAGGGCAUAUUCUUCCCCCGCGGCCGCGAUGUGGACGGCUGCUUGCUGCUAAUCAUAAAGUCAAAGAUGUACGUCAAGGGCCAGAAGGACUUCGAGGAGAUUAAACGCGCCAUCAUAUACUGGUUCGACCGUAUCGAGAGGGAGGAGAACGGAAAUAAGAUCACUCUGUUCUUCGACCUGGACGGAUGCGGCUUAAGCAACAUGGACAUGGAGCUCAUCAGCUACCUCAUAUCGCUGUUCAAGAGCUACUACCCCUACUUUCUGAACUACAUCCUCAUUUACCAGAUGCCGUGGGUCAUGUCGGCGGCGUUCAAAGUGAUCAAGUCGCUGCUUCCGGCGAAGGCCGUCGAGAAAAUGAAAUUCGUCGCGAAGGACACCCUGAAGGAGUACGUUCCGCCCGAGCAGGCGCUAGCGUGCUGGGGCGGCAAGGACAACUAUGCAUUUGAGUUUGUGCCAGAGAAUAAGAGCAACUUGGAGAACACGCAGAAGAAGGUGACCUUCGCCGAGCAGGGCGACAGCCAGCACUCCCCCGGGGAGAUGCUGCGAAUUAGCCCCAACGACACGAUAGUGUUUAAAUCGGAAAACGACGAUAUCUCCGGCCAGUUCACAAUAACAAACAUGGACGAGAACGCGGUAUCGUUCAAGAUACGCACGACGUCGCCGGAGAAGUUCCGCGUGCGGCCCAGCAGCGGGGUUCUGCCCAGCGGGGUCUCGCAGACCAUACUGAUUGUGGUGCAGCCCGGCUUCCACCUGCGGACUGUCACCAAAGACAGGUUCUUAGUGAUGUCGGUGCAGAUACCGAGAACGGAUCUCUCGCAGAAGGAGCUCGCGGACAUCUGGCAGAACUCGUCUGGCAGCAAAGUUGACGAAUACAGGCUGAAGUGCCACUUCCCGGAGAAGAGCUUGCCAAAGAACGGCAACUUGACGGAGAAGGGCCCCGAGAAAUCGGACUCGGUGACGAAUGCUUUGAACAAUCUACAGAUGAACUACGAGAUACUUCACAAGCAGAUUAACAAGCUCAAGAUCUAUCAGUUCAUGACGUUGAUUCUGACCGCAGUGGCUGUCUUGCUGGGUUACUUAGUGUACAAAAACACGAAUGAGUACGAGAGGUACUGCGAGCGGAUG